UGUUGUGAUCCUGUGCUGGCGCCUCUGGCUCUCGCACGGUGCUGUCUCGCCCGUGAGCGGUGAGGAAGCCGCGGCAGUUGCUGACGGGCGCUGUUCUUCCCUCUCGGGUCUCGCCUGGCGGUGGCAGCGUCCGCGCGGUGCGGGGCCGCGCCCGACUCCGUGCCGGCUCCUCUCAGAGAGAUGCAGAGUUGUUAAUAAUGGGCUGCUUUUCCUUUAGAAGGUGUCUUCUGAGUGAGUAAGCCUUAAGUAGUGGAAAGACAGGAUGGAAUCUCUGACUCCUUUACCAGACCCAAGAGAUAUGAAAUUGGAGAUAAAUCACAUAGAAUGCCAUCCUGAGUGCUUGGUUAUAAUGUUCCAUGCUCAGUACAACACAGGGUGUGAGCCUGACUAUUACAUACUGCAGAAUGAAAUACAGCGGGUGUUCAAAGUGAAAGAGAAUGUUUGCACUGGUGGAUCUUGUUUGGUGGAAGACACAGAAGGAGAAUGGCACAGAGGAAGAGUUCUGGGAAAGAAAGGGACUAUCUGUGAGGCUUUUCUUAUAGACGCUGGAUAUGUGUUGGCAGUUGAGGAAACACAUGUUGCUGCUGCUUGUGAUGAAUUGUUUCAACUGCCUCCAAAGGUGGUUUUGGGUGUUUUUGCAAGCAUACUUCCUCUUGGAGACAAAUGGAGUCCAAACGCCAUUAACUAUUUUUCAUCUCUAGUGGGAUUACAGAUUACAGGACACGUGAAGGCUGUUAUACCACACCAGGUGUUUAUUCUAGAAGUGCCAAAGAUUAUUACUGAUGUUCUUGAAUUGAAGUUAGGUAAAUUUAUUGAUGGAGAUUCAUUUUGUCUUAUUGUAGAAACUUUAAGAGUGUUGCCCCAAGGAGUGCUUUGUAAUAGAAUGCCGGAACUAUUGAAACAGAAGUAUCCAGUCAGGGAGUUGUUUACCCUAAAUAAUUCUGAGAAAGCAACAAAUUUUUGGCACGUUCCACAUGAACUCUUUCCAUGUCUACCUGUUGGCAGUAAAGAAAAUGUAAAAAUAACUGGUGCAGUGAGCCCAAAUAAAUUUUAUUGUCAGAUACAGAAGUGGCAGAAACAGCUGGAAGAUUUGACUGGAGCUAUGCAUUUGUACUAUGAAGCUCUUGUUGGAGAAAAUACUACAUCUUGUGAUAGUUUAGGGCUACUUUGUGCUGCCAAGAGGCAAAAUGGGCAGUGGCAUAGAGGAGUGAUAAAACAAAUUCUCUCUGACCACGUGGAAGUCUGGUUUAUGGAUUUUGGUGUUACUGAAGCUGUGCCACCUAGUUGUGUUCAGAAACUUAGAGCUGAGUUCAUAACAUUACCAAUGAUUUCAUUUCCAUGUGCACUGUCUUGUUUUGGUAGUCAGGAUGAAACAGUAAUAAAAUUUCAGCUGAAAGCCCUUAUGCAGGCCUUGAUAGGACAAACUUCUGUGUGUGCCCAUGUUGAUUUAUACAAUAACACGGAACACUUGUAUUAUAUUACACUGCAAAAACAAGAUCUUGGAAUUACUGCUAAGCAUCCUGAAAACUUGAAUGAGGUAGCUGCAUCAUGUGACUCGCCUUUGGAAACAAAACUCACAAGUAUUGCUGUAAACUACAAACCAUGUCCUGAGAGAUACAAUUCAUUUAAGAAUUUUACUGGAAAUAAAGAUACAAAAACCUGCUUACCUGAACGGGAUAUUUCUUUCUCCAUCCACUGCAAAAGAGAAGAGAUGCAAAUGAAUUCUUUCUAUCAAGCUUUUGCGGUACAUAUCAUAAAUCCAUCUGACUUUUGGAUUCAAACUUGUAGGUACCGGAAUGAGUUUCAGGCCUUGAUGACAAAUAUUGGCCACACAUACAGUCAAUGUGAAGCUGAUGAAAUGGUCCUUAAAAAACCAGAACCGGGGUUGCUGUGCUGUGCCCGGUAUAGCAGAGAUGGGUGUUAUUACCGGGCUGUUGUCAUAAAAGUGCUUCAUGCAAACAUUACUGUUUGUUUUUUGGAUUUUGGAAAUACAGAUACGGUACCCUGUCACCAUGUGAAAAUAUUGCUUCCUCAGUUUUCUGCUUUACCAGCUUUAGCUAUGGGUUGUUCCCUUGCUUGCACGUUUCCUGUUGAUGGUGUGUGGGUUAAAAAAGAAACUGAUUUCUUUAAAAGUGUAGUGCUGAACAAACUACUGCUGCUUCAUGUCAUUGGAAAGCAAAACAACAAGUACAUUGUUGAUGUGUAUUGUAUUGGUUUGCAGCAAGGAAGUGUUGCUGCAUGUAUGGUUCAAGCUGGAUAUGCUGAAUACUGGGAAAAGCCACCACAUUCUGUUCCAAGGUCAGCACAAAAAAGGCACAGCUGUAAAAAAUCAAAAAUCAAUGCAGAGAGCACUGGUAAUAUUCAUAAAAGUAAGAUAUCUGGAAAUGGAAACGUACUUCAGACAGAAAAAUCAUUACGUGUGUCUCCAAUGCCUAGAAAAUCUGUUGUGCCAUCCUGUUUUGGAGAAGGUGCUGUCUCUAAAAUGCAUAAAUCGGUAUGUGAGGAAAAAUUGUUCUAUAAAGAGUUUGUGUUUAAACCAGGAGAUGUUUUUGAAGUGGUAUGUUCUUGCAUUUUUUCCCCAUCAGAUUUUUCAUGUCAGUUGCAAAGCAAACUGCCAGAGCUAAGUAACUUAAUGGGACAAAUUCAGACUUACUAUGAAGAUCAUACCAGUCCUUACAAAACCGGACAGGUUGCCUGUGUUGUUAAAUGUCCCAAAGAUGGGAAGUGGUACAGAGCAACUGUUGUGCAGCAGGUAUCUAGAGAUGAAGUUGAUGUGGUUUUUGUAGACUAUGGUUAUCGAGAAAGAGUUUUACUUAAAGAUCUUCAGGCUGUUCUUCCAGAUUUCCUAACUCUGGAAAGUCAGGCAUUUCGAUGUGGGCUUAAAAAUGUACCCUUACAGGCUGACUCACUCACUUGGUCUGAAGAAAUGCACAGACAAUUUGAAGACUUCCUUUCUUCUUCUAGAGGACCACUGACUUGUGUCAUUUAUGCUCUUGUUCUCGUGAGCCCCGGCUGUUUAUGCAAUGUUGUUGACUUACAGACUCCACUCACUAGUGCAGAGGAAUUCCUCAGAGAACGUGGUCUCAUCCAGUCUGAGUAUGUUGGACUGAGAAACCUUGCGUCUUUGGGUUCUCUGUACAGUUUUUGCUACUCAUCUUUUAAUAUAAAAGUUGGCAGUGAGGAGGAGGUUUAUAUAACUCACAUAAAUAAUCCUUCAAAAUUCUACUGUCAGCUUAAUCGAAACACUGAAACUGUGGAGGCAUUGAUGAAGAGAAUUAGUGACCUAAGUAAAACGUUAAAUAAUGCAAAGUAUGAUACCAGCAAUACACGAUUAUGUAUAGCCAGAUAUUUUGAAGAUGGUCUCUUUUACAGAGCUUUGACUUUUCCUGUGGAAGCGACAUCCUAUGUAUGGGCUCACUAUGUGGAUUUUGGAAAUAAGAGUGUGGUGGAGAGAGACCAGUUGAUGCCCAUUCCAGACUCUGCGACUGACCUAAUAUUCACACCUAUGCAAGCUAUUAAAUGCUGUCUGUCAGAUUUUAGGGGGGGAAAAAUUCCAGCAAGCAUUACUAGAUGGUUUGAGGAAAGAUUUCUUGGUAAACUGCUGAAGGCUGUAAUUUUAUCCAGAGAAUCGGAUGGAAAGAUUGUUGUGGAGUUGUAUGAUGGUCAGCUCAAAGUAAGUCAAAAACUUAAAGAAAAAAUAUCAGAAGAGCAGGCACAGAAAAGCUGUAUGGGACAAUUUAGAAGUUAUGGAAGAGUGAGAUGUCACAUAGAAGAUGGCAAAGAAAUUAAUAAAGUAAUUGUUAAAAAUCCUGAAAUACUUCAAUUGGAAACCAAAGUGAAAUGCCAAGUAUAUGAUGACCAGACAGAUACUGAAGAGAAUUUUGGAGAUGAAGAGCAAAGUGCAUGUAGCACAUCAAAAUUGUGUAGAGGAUCCUUAAAACAGCAAACUUUACAGAACAGCGAAGAACCAGGCUUUAGAAAUACUUUCAGUGCUGUUCCGGAGAACAGAAAACCUCUGACUGGAGAACCUGCUUCUCACUCACUCUCUUAUUCUGCUUUAACUUCAAAGGAAAUAGCUGUAAAUGCUCUCUCUGAAUCUCAUAAUGAAAGACUACAUUGUACAGGUCAGCAGGAAGGGAGUAAUAAAAAUACACCUACAUUAAUCAGUCUUCCUCAACGUGAUAUACAGAUGAAUACCGAAGUAGCAGUUUAUAUUUCUCAUAUGAAUAGUCUAUCAAGUUUCUAUGUUCACCUUGCAGAGGAUGAAAACUUAAUAGUAAAAUUAGCAAAUGAUUUAAAUGAAAGCUUGGAGAACAGGAGUCUUGAAAAUUGCUUAGAUGAGCUCAUGGUAGGAGAUCUUAUAGUUGCAGAGCAUGAAGCUGAUUGUUUUUACUAUAGAGCAGUUAUUAAAACUCUGAAAUCAGGAAACUCCUUUGAGGUAGAGUUUAUUGACUAUGGUAAUGCUGCAGUUGUAAGUUCAUCAAACAUCUGCAGGAUUCCAGAAGAGUUCUUAGCUCUGCCAAGGUUUAGUGUUCAUUGUUUUCUUAGCAAUGUAAAAAGUGUUCCUGAUGAAAGCUGGACUAAAGAAAGUGCUGCUUAUUUAGCAAGAAAAUUAAGUAAUGAGCUAGUUACUUGCAAGUUCUUACAGCAGCAUGGAGAGCAAUGGGAAAUAGAUGUAAUUUGUGAUGGAAAGUCUGUGUCUAAUGACCUUCUGCAGGAAAUAGACGAGGCAGGGUGGCAAAACGCACAAAUGUGUCAUUGUGACAAUAGGCCAAACCAAAAUGGUAAUCCUCAAGAUAGAAGGUCUGGGAAUGGUUUAGAUGGUCAAAGUAAAACUGAGGCUGUUAGGAUGAAAAAUACUCCCCAAACCCCCAUAAGUAUCCUUCAUCAAGUUAUAAAUUUUGGACAAAUAGAAGCAGCAGAAGUGGUUAAUAUUUUGGAGACUGGAGAAUUUUAUGUACAGUUAGUUACAAAUUUGCAAAUACUGCAUGAGUUAAAUGUAAUGCUUGACAAAGAAGCACAGAGAAGUGAUUUGCUUAGAGUGGAUGAUAUUGAAAAAGGACUGGAAUGCAUGACACAAUCUGAAAAGAACUUUAGGUGGUAUCGAUCGGAAGUGAUAGAGAAAUUUGUCAGGGAGAAGUUAAUGCUAGUUUUUUUCAUGGAUUAUGGCACGUGCGAAAUGGUGUCCUUAAAUAAUGCAAAGAUGCUCAGUGAUGAGAUUAAAAAUGUUCCUAAACAAGCUGUGUUUUGUAAAUGGGUUUGGUUUAAAAACCUGAAGAAAAUUCAGUUUGACCAUGUAUUAAAUGCACUCCUGGAUUCUGAAAUAAGGAUCUUGUUUUUGAGGUUUUUGAAAUCCUCUGGUAUCUGGGAGGUAGAUAUUUUAAUAGGGGAAGUUAUGUUUCAGGAGUAUUUGAACCAGUUCUUAAGCCAUUGUCAGACAAUUGUUGGACCAGAAAAAUCCAGAAGUACAAACUGUAAAGAACUUGGUAUGUCAUUCAAGAUAAAUUCAGUCAUGUGGAUGCUGCUGCGAAGUGGCAGAACGUAUCCAGGGUUUGCAACUGCAGUUACUGAUCCUUCAAACUUCAGUGUCCAGUUUGAAGUCUUCUUUGACUGCAUGCAAAAGUUGUCCUUGCUGCUCUCUGAUGUUCCUGACAACUUGCCAGCUCUCCCAAAAGAACAUGUGGCCCCUGGUGCCAACUGCUUGAUCAAAUUUGGACUGAAAGCAGAGUGGUACAGGGUAGAAAUUAGUGAAGUAACAAGUCAGUCUGUUGUUCUUACAUUUAUUGAUUAUGGCUUUCUGAAGAGCAUUCCUUACUCUGAAAUCCAUAAACUUAAAGUUAUUCCAGAAAGUCUGUUUUACUUGCCACGCUUGGCACAGUCUUGCUCUUUGCAUGAUGCAGUUCCUGCCAAAGGGGAACACUGGAGUGAUGAAGCUAUACUUUUGUUUCAGAAGCUUCUUCUUAAACCAUUUCUGAUAUUUCAUUUCAUCCACUAUGGCUCAGAAAUGAAAUUAGAGGUGGAUGUUCUGUACGAUGACAGCAGUCUUGCUGAUGUCUUAAUUGCUGCUGGCCAUGCAGUCUGCUCUCAGAGUAGGUGCUGCCCCAUUCCGGUUGACAGUCUUAAAUCAGAAGAAACAGAUUGGCAGCCUGAGUGUUCAGAUUCUAGUUACUGUGCUUCCCUUUGUGAACCAGAUUAUAAUUGCGCUGAAAAUUCUGAUUUUGCUGACAGAAGUUAGGCAAAGAAGAGAAAAGCUGUCUGAAGCACAGGACUAUAAUACUUGAAACUAUUAUAGUUUCAAGUAAGGAAGUCUAGUAAAGUGACUGCUGGAGUGUCAUUAACAAGGGAUCUGAGUUCACACAACACUGAAAGAAAAAAUAACCUGCAAAAGAUGGACAAUACUGUGAAGACAUUAGGAUUUUUUCAGCAUUAUGAUGAUAAGAAAAGUAAAGUUGGCAUAAUACAGAGUAAAUCUGCAAGAAGAAGCACUGUCUGAGACUUGUGAUUCAAAUGUUCUGCAGUCUGGGAAGUGUGUGAAGAUACUGUCAAAAGAAUUAGUUAAAUAAUGAAUAGACUGCAGUUAGGAAAGCACUACUUCAAUGCAAAAAAGAAUACAGAUACUGCUCUUGGUAUAUAUUUUUUCUCCUCUAAGAUCUCUUGUUAUAUUUAGACAGUCGUGUCUUUGACAAACCUUUCUGUUGGAAUGUUCUUGCAGUUUUUGUGUGUCUAUGUGUAAAACUUUAUUUGCAUUAACAUGUUUUACAGUGGUGUUGUCUCCUCCUUGUUUUGAAUGUUCAGAAAAUGAAGAUGCGAAACAUAUCCUUCUCUUUGUUUCUGAUUCCGAAGUUUCCAUGUAAGAAUAGUUUGUCUCAUUAGGGGAAUGUUUACUAAUAAUAAUCCAGAAACCUGGAUCCCCAUUUAUGGGAGGAACGUGAAUUAAAUUGUUGUCAGUUAACUCUUGAUGUACAGAUGCUGUUGACCCAUCUUAAGGUUCUCUUGGUAUCUGAGUUGCAUCACAGUUGGGGUCAUUCACUCUGCUGAGCAUGUGUUCCAUUGAUCUCUCUCCUUCGUCCUCCUCCUCAUCUGUCAGAAUGAGGAGAGGAAGUUUUCUCUGAGCACUUAGUCAAGUCAGGAUACUGUUUUUACCUUAAAGGGAAACAUUGGGAGCCUUUGCUUUUUUUCUUCUGUGUAGGAGGAGGAUAUUUCAGAACUGAAAAGUGAUGGCAUACUGUAUAUGUCUAAGAAGAGGGUUUUUUUUUCAAUAUCCAUUCUGAAAUUGUAAGAAUUUGUCAGCUGUCAGCUGAUUAUUUAUUUUUCCCCUCACUUCCUUCCUCAGUUGUUUGGACAAAGAUAAAGCAUGAAGAGGCCUGAAAUAUGAGGGGUUUUCUUUGUAUUGUGAUUGUUUGAAUUUCAAUGAGAAAAUGAAUGCAACCCUAAUGAUAGACAACACAUCUAAUGCAUCUCUAUAAUGAGAUCUAAGAACACACAACCCCCUGCUCCCCCCUCCCCCCAUAUCACAAUGUAUUUAA